CAAAUGUUUUCCAUGGCGUGGUGAUAUUACGUCCCUUCCAUCACUAGUUACCGCUUGAGGGCGCUUAUGUAGUCCUUCCACCAUUUUCUUCAAGUUCGUUGGGAGCCCGUGAAGGACAAGUAACAAAAUGGCGGGCGGAGUGGAACCUGUACGCUAUCCCUACUCUGUAGCAGGAAAGAUAAAACUGUUCCCGUUCAGGUUCCAUUGGAAAAACGGAAGAUUUGUUAGAUAUUUGUCGUAUGCUCUGCUUGCGACACUACCUGUCAUCUUCAAAAUUCACAGUGGAGUGCACUCUCCUGGUAAUGUUCGACAAUGGGAUCAAAUCAGGAAGAAACGGGAACACACCCACUUUGAUCCUCCUCAUUAACUACCUAACAACUUUAGAAGAAAAUCUCCUUCAGUGUACCUCUAGAAAGAAAGGAACGAGAGUGUGACAUUUUGUGGUUAAUGUUCAGAAAUCCUUACUGAGAUGUAAAUUAAAAGUUCUGAUGGA